CUCGUUCUUUCCCCCCUUCAACUCUCCAUCAAAACAUCUCUUAUCAACACAACACCUUUACCCUUGCUACUUCUAGGUUUUUGCUACUACCACUAUUUGCUUUUAACUUCUACUUUUCCGUAGAUUCGGUCCAUUUGACCAUGACAGAUAAACUCCCAGCGAACCUUCUCGCGCUUUUCGCGCCGAGGCCUCCUCUCCGUUACCUCCCCCACUGCGACUAUGCUCCCGACAAGCGUAGAACUGCACCUAUUACCGGUGUCGCUGCUUAUCUCGAAACCCUUCGUACUCCCGACCCUGACUAUGUUCCGACCGAGAGUUGGAUGCAGAGGCGGGAUCGCUUGCGCGAGGAAAAGAAGGCUGCGAUAGCGGAAAAGACAAAGGCUGCGCUUGUGCAAUAUAAUCCGGAACAUGAUCCUCAGGUCCGUGGCGAUCCUUUCAAAACUCUCUUCUUGUCCAGGUUGAAUUACAAUGUUAAGGAGCCGGACCUUGAACGUGAGUUUGGCCGCUUUGGGCCUAUUGAAAGAAUCAGGAUUGUGCGCGAUAAAGAAACUGGUAAACAUAGGGGGUAUGCGUUCAUUGUUUACGAACGAGAGAAGGAUAUGAAGGCGGCUUACAAAGAAACUGAUGGGAUCCGUAUAAAGGACCGCCGCGUCCUCGUCGACGUUGAGCGUGGCCGUACUGUCAAGGGCUGGAAGCCAAGGCGUCUAGGAGGAGGCCUGGGUGGUAGGGGAUACACCAAAAUUCCUGUCACACGACCAACCGGUCCAUCAUAUUUUGGUCAAGAUGGCCCAAGGGGCCCAGGAGGGUUCGGUGGCAGAGGAGGUGGUUUCAGGGGUGGGUACCAAGGAGGUGGGUUCCGUGGUGGCCGUGGGGGAGGCUUUAGUGGUGGAAACAGGUUUGAAGUCGGGAGUGGCCGUGGACCCCGCGGAGGUAUUGGCUACCAAGGAGGUGAUAGGGGUAGUAGAGGACAUGAGAACGGAUACCAUGGUGGCCAUGGUGAGGCACCACCCAAUGCGCCCACUGGGCCUGGCGGACGUAGAGGCGGAGGUGGUGGUGGGUAUGGCGGUGGAGGAGGCGGGUAUGGUGAUGGUGGGCACCGCGGUAGUGGUGGGGGUGGUGGGUAUGAUCGUCAUCGCGGUGGGCACGACCGUGAAGGUGGAAGCGCUCGGGAUAGGUUCGCAGACUCUGGAAGGUAUAGCGGUCACGGUAGAGAUGACAGACACGAUGACGGCGGAUAUUCCCGAAAGCGUGCGUACGAUGGCGGGGAGGGAGGAUACGGCGGUAGCGGCGGCGGCGGUGGAGGUGACCGCCACCGUAGAAGAUACUAGGAGAAAUCCCCCCCUUUGAAAACCAAACACGCUCGCAAAAGGUACGUUAGGGGUAAAUAGUGAGACUCUAGCAUUCGUACAACCUGGCAACUUCCUUCUCUCUCACCUCCAGCAAUUAGUUUUCGAUGGCAAGACCUAUACUAUAACUUACCACCACUACUGCUUCCGGAUACAUCCCUCAUUUAUUCAUUUUUCCCUAGGCUUUUUUCCUAUGGAAUGGGUGGUAGGCAAUGAGGUUGAGAACAAAAAAAAAAACACCAAAAAUAAGGCAUUUUAUAUUUUUUAUAUUCGUGUUUUCCCUUUUUUCUUCCUUUUCACUCUUUAUUUCUUUAUCUCUUCACCCCCUUUCCCCCCUGCUUCAAAGUUAGGGGGAUGGUAAGGGCAAGCUUGGUGAGUCAAGUUAGUUUUCUGCGCAAAAGUUAUAAGCGUAUCAUACCGUAUAUGAUAUUUCUGUUCUGCCAUGCUCUGCGGUUGCCGACCCUUCUCUCUUUCUGUUCCCCUCCAGUAUAAAAAUUGUCUUCCUCACAUGAUUACUAUCAUAUCCCAGGGCACACCCCUUAUCCUCGGUUUGUAUUUCUAGUCUUUUAUCAUAUUCCCCACCCCCCCUUUUUUCUUUUCUUCUGCAAUAUUCACUGCUAUUAUUUUUGCCUUUGCCCCCGCUUCUUAGCUUAUGUUAUGUUUUCUUGUGUUCUGUAUCUUUGAUAUUCUAUGCGUCUGUCUUGUCUUCUUAAGGUAGGUGGUGGGUGCGUGGGUGGCACGUCUCUCUGUGCGCUUGUUUUACGUGUUGGAUGAGAUUGGGUUAGGUGACAAGUUAAGUAUGGUACAAGUAUCGCCGUUAUCAUAAAAACAAAACAAGAUAAAAUAAAAACGAUGCAUUCUGGUUAUGCUAA